AUGUUUGAGGGUGCAGUGGCAGCUUUUUUAAAUCGUCUCCUAGGAAGAUAUGUCGAGGAUCUUGACACUGAACAAUUCAAUGAUAUUUAUAUUGUUACUGUACCGUCAAUGUCUGGGAUUUAUGAUCCGGAAAUACAAAAAAAAUUGAUGCGCGCCUCAAAGAGGAAAGUCUUGGAAGAUUUGGAAGGUGAUGGAUUACUUCGUUCAGGAUUACCUUCGGGCCUUCUUGACAAUCUGAUGGCAUCAGUUGUUAAAAAUUUUCAGAUAACAGUGAAUAAUGUUCAUGUAAGAUAUGAAGAAACUUUUUCUGAUGGUUUUAAAAUUGCUUGUGGAUUAUGUCUACAAAGUUUUUCUAUGGCUACUACUAACAACAAAUGGAAACCUGGCGUUACUCCAGUUACCUCAACAUCAGUAUAUCAAUUAAUACGCGUGGAAUCCCUUAGUUUAUACUUAAAUCCAAAUGGAAAUUCUUCAUUACCAUUUUAUCCAAAAAUAUGGGAUUUUACAAAUCUUUUGGCCUGGAAAGCAGUUAUGCAUCGUUCUUUAAGAACUUUUGCUAUAAAUAGUGAAGAAUUUCAAUUUCUUAUUAAACCUUUUACAACUAAAAUCAAAGUGAUUAUGAAUCAAAGUAACGAAGGACAGGCUGCUAGAAUGUUAGUUGACAUUGUACUUCAAGAUAUUGCAAUGCAAAUAUCCGACAAGCAAUUUGCUGCAUUUUGUUUACUGUGGGAAUCACUUCAGCAAGGCUCCGUAGAAAGAACAAAAUUAAUUCAAAAAUGUCACCCAGUAGUUAAAAUAUCUGAAAACUCAAAAGCUUGGUGGCACUACGCUUGCACAGCUAUUCUUGAACAAAACAUUAGGCCUUAUACUUGGAAAUAUAUAAAAACUCACCGUGAAAAUUAUAAAGUUUAUAAAGAAACAUUUAUACAAAGUUUAUUAAGACCAAAUGAUACUGAAUUAAAAUUAGAUUUACAAAAGUACGAAGAUUGUUUAACAAUUUUAAACAUUAUUAUUGCAAGAGAACAUGCUAAAAUUGAAUUAAAAGAAAAUUAUCCGGAUUGUGUAACUGUUGAGUCUGGAUCAAACAUCAAACUUGCUGUUAAUUGUGAAAAAAUUCAAGAAAUUUGCGGUAUACCGAGUAGUCCGAAGCCAAAUAAUACAAAUGACAAUGAGACUAAAUUUAAGCUAGAAUUAAUGCCUAAAUAUAUAGAAAAAAAAUACAAUUUUACAUUAGCUAAUUGGUCGUUUAGUUUAUUCAGCAAUGAUCGUGAAAUUCUUGUGACAACAAUAACGCAAUUUUUAACCAGCAUAGAAACACGACCUGAAUGCUUAGCUUACAAAAUAUCAGCUCGUGCUGAAAGUCUUGUUAUUGAAGGAGCUUCGUCAGAAAAUGACUUGAUACCUCUUGUCACAGCGGACAAUAUUUUAACAGGGAAUGCGGCUGUUAAUUUUUUAGCGAUAGAUUUUGAAAAAAAUCCACCAAAUUCAGACUACUUUAAUUAUGACAUAAAUGUUAGAUUAGAAGCAUUUGAAGUAACUUAUCACAAAUACGCAAUGCUAGAAAUAUUAAAUUUGUUUAAACGUAAUAAAUCUCACGUUCAGCAUUUAGCGUAUAGCCUCCAACGUGGCUAUAAAAGAACAAAAAGUAAAUGUAUUACGCUUAUUAACUCGAUAAUGAAUCGAAGAUUAAGAAUAAAUUUAAAAUUAGAUAUUAAAGGCCCGUAUUUUGUUUUCCCGGAUAACGGCUCUAUACAAGAAGGAGAGCAUAUUCUUAUACUUGAUUUAGGUAGAAUGACGCUUAAAACAGAAUUACAAGCAGUAGAAGUACAACUAGAAGAUGCAACCUUAAUGGAAUUAGAAGAAUUGCUUUAUGAUCGUAUCCAUAUAGUUUUAACUGAUAGUCAAAUGUUGAUAUGUCAUACUGGUGAUGACUGGCGUGAAUCACGGGGUUGGAAGGACUCUGAAAAUCAUGUUAUACCUAAAAUACAAUCAAAUGUUACCGUGUCUUUUAGUAUUAAACCUGAUUAUCGUUUGCUACCAAAAUUAAAGCUCAACGUAUCUAUUUCUACAUUGAAAAUAAAUUUAUCUAAGCAUAAACUACUUUGUUUUAAUGAAUUUUUAAAUCUACUAUCGAUACCAGAUCUUGAUGACAUUGAAGAAUUCCGACAAAGUCUAUUAAAAAUUCAAGAAGAAACAAGUGAAUUUAUUUCACUUUCAUCUGAACAAUUAAUCCGUGUAAGAACAAUCGUAGCUCUGUCAUCAUUUAUUUUGGGCCGAGACGUAUCUAAUUAUUCUACUGUUUUACCAUCAACAAUAAUAACCGAAUCGGAAAAAAGUAUUGUUUCUUCUUCGGAAUUUAGCGAAGAAGAUCUUGAGCAGUGGAUUAAAUCAGUCAAUUAUUCUGGAUUUGAUGAUAACACCUCACCACACAAUCAUGUUAAUUUGUUACUUAGAAUAGUAAUAGGUGAAUUGUGUAUUCAUGCAUGUAGUACAAGUAAUGGUAGAGAAAAACCGUAUUUAAUUCUACGUCUUUGUACACUUUACUUGGAAUCUGCAAUAAUGGAGUACGGACCAGCUUUUCAGCUAGGAGUGGGUACUAUUGUUCUUGCUGACAAAACAAACGCCGGAAUUACAGGGUCUUAUCUUGAGCUUAUAUCAACUGACGGCUCAUAUGAUAUUAUCGGUAUGUCUUAUCGUAAAGUCCGAGCUAAUUGUCCGGAUUUUAAAUCACAUUUCAAGAGCAUUGAACAAUCGCUAGUAUUCAAUAUACGUAAUCUUAAUGUUGUUUUUCACCAACAAGCUUUUCUUAAGAUUAAGGACUACUGUGACGAUUUAAAAACUAUACCAUUUCCUGGACAGAUACCGAAUAUCAUUGAAAUAAUAAAGUAUGCAUUUAAUUUCUUAAAAAAAAAUGAAGACGAUCCACCGGUACCGCCUGGCGCUAUUAAACUCAGUUAUUCGGCGAGACUUCAUACAUUUGUACUGCGACUUUGUACUAAAGACAUGGAUCUUAUGGAAAUUCGUGUAUUGGGAUUAGAAAGUGACUGCAUUUAUAACGCGAAUGAGAGAAUGAUAUUAACAGCAUACCUUCGUGGGCUUGCUAUUGAAGAUCUUAGUGAAAUUACCCUUUACUCGAAAAUUCUUACUACUGACGACGAUAAAGUAUUUGAUCUCAAAUAUGUGAGACACGCACCAAAACUUUAUUCAGCAUCUGAAAUGAAAGCGAGCGACGACGUUAAAACCGAUGGAAGUUUUAAACUUUCAUUUGGAAAAAUAAAUUGUAUAUUGUUAUCAGAAGUAUUUCGGGAUUGUCGGCAUUUUAUAGAACCUUUUAUACAUCUUAUUAAAUCAAUUAUGCCAGCUCAGGCAUCUCAGCUUUUUGUUUACUGGAGUGUUGAAGAGUUGAGAAAAAGUCCCACAAAAUUACGAAUUUUUAUUGAUUUUCAAGUCCCAACGUUUCUUUUGCCACAGGCAAGAGAUGUGCCCAAUGUCAUCCUUUUAGAUCUGGGCAUUUUGACGAUUGAAAAUUUUUUUAAGAUAAAUGAAAAGAUACGAAUCACUGAUGAAAGCAUUCGGGAAAAUUAUUCGUCUGUCCUGGACAAUAUCUUGAUUAAAUUUUCUUCUAUGACUUUGUCACGAGCUAUCAUGACACUCGCUGGUGUUUUAAAAAUCCAAGAACCAAUCAUAGAGCCUGUUCAAAUUCGGUUGGAUGUAAAGAGAAAUAUUGAAUGUCGUAAUAAAACAGGGCUUCAAGUGUACGGUCUUUGUGAAAUUAUUGGAUCUGUGGACUUACUCAUGAUUAACUUAAGUCAGAAAGACUUCGCGUCAAUUUUGAUUAUUUGGGAGGAUAAUUUAUCAAAAAUAAUAGCAAUUCAUCAGAAUGAUACAAUUGAUAAUGAAUCGUUGAAAAAAACAAUUAAUUUUGAAAAUGAAGCAACGGUGUUGAGUUCGCCAGUACGUGACUUGAAUGACGGCUUAGGAAAGCUUACUCUUGGUGAAAUAAUCAUGACUUUUGAGCUAUACAGCAACAAAAGUAUGAGUAUGAAAGUUUCUUUAAGAACUUGCAUUCUAGAAGACACAAGAAAAGAAGAAACAGUAAUUCGCAAAAUAAUCCAAUCACCAGCAAAAUCAGCAGGACUGAAUUUUGAAUCUUGUAUCUCAGUAUCCGAACCACCAGUAUUUGACUUUACUUUCACACAAGCUCCAGCAGGAGAUCAGUGCAUUGAUAUGCUCAUUGAAGAAACUCGAUUCAACUUAUCAAUUCCAUUUUUACUACAGCUAACUCGUUAUUUUGUUGACUCCCUGCCUGCUGAACCACCAGAUACCGGUGUUGUCAAUGAAGCUUAUGAAGGACAUGCAGAGAAUCCUGCUGAGAAGAAAAAAGUGUUCCGAAAAUUUUCAACUCAAAAUAUAACAGAUUUAUCCGAACAAUCAGGUACAUCGGUGUCUAUACGAGUACGUAAACCAGAAGUUUUAUUGUUUGGAGAUUUGAAAGCUAGCAAUGCCCAUGCGAUCCUGGUCCAAGCAGAGCUAACAAUCGAGUAUAGUCGCCAUGCAGGAAUAUCAUCUAUUGUAUGCGUGUUAUCAAACGUCUGCGCUAAAAGCAAAAGUCAAGAGCGAUAUCGUCGUCAAGCACCGCAGUCUGUGCUACAUCCUUGUGACAUCGAAAUCAGCGCCAAGGAGAAGUCCCCAGACGACCGAGCACAAAUAUGUCUCGAUGUGAGCCCAGUCAAUAUCCAUCUGUCUGCCGGAGUUAUCUGCACAUUCAGCCAAAUUUUGAACGAUGCUGCUGGAAUUUUUCGAAUCAUCGAUGCCAAAUUUGAUAACAAAAAUGGAAGCUUGGAAUCAAAUUCGCACAUCGAUCUCUGGUCUCCAAAGAAAAUUUUCUCGGUUCCUUGUAAGCGCAACAGUCAGGAAGAACAUUCGCUGAUCAACUCAGCAGCGUUGGUGAAUGAGCACUCAACACAAGUGAGAAUUUUUAACUUAAAACCAGUUGUUAUUCAUCUGGUCUUUGAAAUGGAAGAAACUAUUGAGCGUAUUCCUAUGAUAAAAGCUGAAAUUGAAGUAGGUGCUACAAUCAGCUCUGUCAAUGAUAGAUUUCAACUUGAAUCUAAUUUUAAAAUUCAUGCAUUUUGUUAUAAUCACAACCGAGGUAAUUGGGAACCUUUAAUUGAACUCUGUACACAAGACGAUGUUGCUUAUAACCCAUGGGAAUUGACAAUACGAGCUUAUCAAGUUGAAGCACAUGAGCUUAGCUCCUGCUGCCGUCACUCUUGGAAUCAAAUAAAAAAAUCUUCACCAAAAAGACGAAGAACUGAAAAUUACAACAGUGAUGACGAUCAAAGUAACGAAGAUAUGAUUUUUAUAAGACCCAAUUCUAAUCUUACGUCAAAAAUAAGCUUACCAGAGUACACGUUUGAACACGAUGAUGAUUCAGAUUCUAAUGAAGAAGAGGGUUCUGAAAAAUUAGCUAGGAGUUUUAGUCAUUUAUUUACAAAAGAUCAAAGUGACGAAGAUGAUGACAGUGAUUCCGACCGUUCUAGUAAAUGUGAAGACGAAGGUCUUGAAUUAACCCCUGAUCAUGUGGCUGAAAUAAAUGACUGCCUACAUGAUCACACGUUAAUUAAAAGUGAUUGCUGGGCAAACUAUAUUAUUAUCAAUGCAGAAGAGCGGCUUAAUUUCACUGUCACCAAAAAUACUAUAGAUAUUUUUGAUAUUAUUCUGGAAUUAUUUUCAAAAAGCUGUACGGAAAUUCCAAUUGUCCCUACAAAUGUUGGGAAAUUGAGUUUACUUAACAAAAUUGGGCAUACUAGUAAGAUAGAAUUGCGAGCUGAAGAAAAAGGAAAUAGUAAUAAUAUUAGUCGAUUAAUAGCAAGUAAAGAAUUCAAAAUUAAAGAUGAUUCUCCUGUCAGUGCUCCAAGUAGUCCUGAGAGUGAGAACAAUAUUUUUGGUGAACAAUAUAUAGAAUACGGGUUUAUGGACCAAGAUGACAAGUCUUACGAUAAUUCUCUUAAUAAUUUAGUUAUCUUUCCUGAUCAAUCUCCGGUCAAUAUUUACAACAGUUUAACCGAAGAGAGUCUAAGGAUUUACAUUGAUGACUUUGAAGAAUCAGUGAUUUUUUGUCCUAAAUGGCAAGGUUAUAAAUUAAUACCGUUACGUCCGGCAAAACACGACGUUCGAUAUCAUCUAAUUGUUGAAGUAAUCACCAAUCAUCAUUUACAUCGAACAAUAACUGUUCGAUCGCCUCUUCAAUUUCGUAAUGAAACUUCGUAUACGCUGGGGCUGUAUUACAAAAAACAAUUAGCUGAGCAAUUAAAACUUGAGCACAUUGGUGAAACUUUAAAUCCAUUUGACGACAGUAUGAGGAUAGCUGUCAUUGAGCCUCAUGAUAUUUACAAUGUUCCUAUGUAUAUUACUUAUCAUUUUCCUAUUCAUAUCAUGCCUGUACAUUUUGGAGAAUAUCAAGUAAGUGACCGUGGAAUAUUCUGGAAAGAAUUAUGUGAGCAUUUAAAUACUCCUCGUGAUAUUUAUUGUCAAUCUAAAGAUGGAAAUUCUAAUUCAAUAUUUGGAGUUAAAGUAACUUGUAAUGAGCAUCCAAAAUUUGAGAGAAUUAAUUGCCAAGUGCCACAGUAUCUCAUCAGCAUUGUUCCACCUAUAGUAUUUGAUAAUAAAUUACCAUUCGUUAUUGACGUUGAUGUUCCAUCAAUAGAUUAUGAAGUUAGAAUCGAACCAGGAGAACGGAUAAACGUAUAUUCGAUAAAAUGUGACAAUGACACUACAAUUAAUUUCAAAAUUAAAAACUACCUUGGUUCUCAAUGGGCUGGAACAUUUAAAUUAAACUCAGAAUUAGAGAGAAAAUUAAUUAAAAUGUUUGCGGACGGCGAUACAGAUGCUGUUUGGAGGCCAUUUAUGUUGUGUGUUGAAUUAAAUAAAUUAAGUAGUUGGACAGUUGUUAUUUAUUCCGAGUAUUGGAUUAUUAAUAAAACGGGAUUACCUUUGAAAAUUCAGGAAACUUUGUCAAAUACCGUCGAAAUUCCUGGCGAAGACUUGAUAGUUUUUUCUCAGAAGAAAAAUCGUCGUAAGCUUGUGAUGCUAAAAGUUCAUCAAUCGGAUUGGUCAAUGUCAUUUGGCUUGGAUGCAAUAAGUUCAAUGUCUCUGAUAGUAUGCAAAGACGUUGAACGUAAACGAAAGUACAGAAUACUUGCAGAAAUAGCUGAUUCAACAUUAUCACCAAAUUUUACUAAAAUUGUAACCUUUUUACCUUAUUUCUUUGUGAAAAAUAAUACCAAACGAGCUCUAAGGUUCAUGGAAGAAAACGAAGAUGCUGAUUUAUGGAACGAUUUGCCAGCAGGACAAGGUAUCGCUUUCUGGCCUUACACAGAGUCCAUGAAAAUGAGAGUUAAAUGGAAGAACAGCCAACUCGUAUCUCAGCAUUUCGAUUUUACUAAUAUUGGAAAAAUUGUCCUGAGAAUGGAAAAUGGAUCAGCUCUGUGCGUUGAUGUGAAAGGAGGAAAUAAUUCUCCUUUCCGAAUAAUUUUUGAAAAAUACGAGUGCGGAGAUGCACCGGUACGAGUUGAUAAUCUCUGUGACGAUUUAUUUUUAAAAUUAAAUCAAGUUAAUUUAGGACAAGUAGCUUUGCUCAGUCCUUUCCAAAGUGUUCUUUAUACGUGGGAUGAUCCUACAGAAAUAAGAGAACUCGUAUGGAAUAUUUACAAUAGUAAAACUAAAAGUUAUACCGCACAAUUUUAUACUGAUGGCUACGGACAAGAGACUGUUACAUUUCGAACAUUGAAACGAUCACCAGUUAUGCCUCACUCAAAUUUUAUAACUAAAAAAUAUCCAAAUGAUACUAAAUUUGCGCAUUCUGUUAAUUCGACGUCACUUUGUAGCAGCAGUGAUGACUCUGACAGUGAGGCAGAGGCUAAUGCUCCAACUAUAGAGAAAGUCCAAAAAAAUAAAGCUAUUGUUUAUUGGAUAAGUUAUGCUGAAAAGAAACAACGAGUUUUAAUGUUUACUCAGGAUGAAAAUACCUUUUUAAAAGCUAAAAGUCUUGUGGACCCUGAGUGCAGUAAAAAUGAAGUAUUUUUAGCUCUAGCAGGAAUUGGUUUAAGUAUUAUAGCAGAGUCGCAAAUACCUAAUACAAACGGACGGGAAUUAGCAUACGUUAGUAUAACAGAUUCAGCUGCUCACUGGGAGUUAGACAUUGGAAAACGUUGGAAAGCAUUGACAUUAGAACUUAACGCAUGGAUGGAAGACAAAUACAAAAAUUCAUCCAAUAAUAUUGAGUUUGAUAAUUAUAUUAAUGUUAAUUUUGCUAAAAUGCACAUGACUAAACCGUUCUUUGGUAAACUUCGUCGCACAUAUUCACCUGGAAUUUGGAUUCACUUGAGAAAAUCAAAUACACUGACAUACGUACAGGGAAACAUUCACAGGAUACAAAUUGACAAUCAAUUACAUGAUGCUAUUUUCCCAAUUAUUCUUCGACCUGGAUCAAAAAAAUGUUUCAGUAAUAGCUCAGGAGUACCAAGAUUGAAACACUGCAUUGAAUUUUUCUUUUUAAAACAAACUAAGAGUACUCAUGAUGUUUACAAAAAAAUAAAUUUAAUCAUACGUGAGUUUCAUGUUAAUUUACAAGAAGAAUUUCUUAUCCGAUUGAUUAAAGAUUUAUUUCCAAAAAAAAAAGACGAUACUAAACAUUCACUUGCAUCAAGAUUAAAAACCGAUUUAUCGAAUGUUUAUGUUUCUUUGCCUUGUCUGCCAGAUAAACAGGAUCGCAAUCGUAGUAAUAUUAUUGAACUUGUGUAUAUUGCACCUAUACAAUUGCAUGUUAAAUUUUUGGCCUCCGCUGAAGCAAGAGUUAUUAGCCAAGACCCGAUGGAUUAUUGUAAUAUUAUACGAAUGAUGUUUGCAUAUGCCAGCAAAGGAACAUUUUUAAAACAAGCUGAGUUCAGGUUACCUCACUAUGAACGUAUUGACACUAUGAUGGACAAUGAAGAAUGGUUAUUAGAUGUAUGGAAAAAUUAUAAAUCCGAGCUGAGGCAUCAGUUUAAUGUAUUAAUACUGUCAAUGACAGUCUUGGGUAAUCCCUAUAGCUACAACUUUAAAUGCCCUGGAGAUAGUUUCUAUGACACGGAUACUUUAGUUAUACAGGGCGAUGAAACGGCUGAGAAACUCAGCUAUAACGUUGCAUACCUUUUAGGAUAUUCGUGUAUGGACGGCCUAUUUACUCCCAUUAUCAAUAUUAAUUUAUUUGAACCAGAAACAUCUCGUAAUAAGAGAAAAAUUUCACGAUUCGAGAGUACAGACACUCCGUUAUCGGCGUUAACACUGGAUAGAUCAUAUUCAAUCGGUGUUGAAUUAGAAAUGUCUGGCUUGAUAGUUAAGCCAUCAGAUAAUACUCAUCAAGAAGAAUUAAAAUAUUCUUUAAAAGCUCUCAGCAAAGGAAUAAUUGGAAUAUCUAAAUUAGAGGACGGAAAAUCUUCAUUAAGAAUUCAACCUGGUUUAAUAUUAGACACGAUAAAAAGAGCUCAAGAAAUGGGAUAUAAUUUUAUAUCACGAAUACGCUUUCCUCGUUAUAUUAAUCCGUACCUGGCAGUAGAACUAUACUCAACUUACAAAGCUCGUGGAAUGUAUCUUUUAAAUACAAUAAUAAAGAGUGAAUAUGCGAAUGCUGAAAUUUACUGGGCUCAUGCUGCACUUUCUAAUGACGGAAAACACAUAGCUCUUGUGUCUUUACAGAAAAUUUAUCUCGUGGAAAAACGAUGUAGCAUUUGGGCAUCUUGGCACGUUGCAUGGUCCAUCGAAACGAAAGAACUUAUAGAACCACCUGUUGUUGAUGGAAAUAAACUUAUUCUUCAUGUGAAUAAAAUAUCACAGAAUCAAAUUCUAUCGCAGACCACAGCAGAUUGGUAUUUGGAGAGCGAAGAUACGACGACAUUGAAAUGGCUCAGUCAAAAAAUAAAUACUGCCAUGAUAUUAAAUAUGAUAAAUUCAAGAUACCGAUCAGGAUAA